AUGAGACUUAAUGGGUGUCCAGGCUUGGUCUGUUUGGAAAUGAGGAACUUUCCCCUUGCUUUAAAAAAGCUGGAGAUUUCAAAAUGUGAGAAUUUACAAUAUUUGGUUGAUGAAAAUGUAAACAAUAAAAGUAUGAGUAGCAAUACUUGUCUACUCGAGCACUUGGAAAUAAUGGAUUGUCCAUCGCUAAUAUGGUUAUCAUCAAGGGGCGAUAUAUGCAAUCGACUUCAACAUCUCGAAAUUGGAAGUUGUUCAAAGCUAAGUAUCUUAUUUGUGAACGCCAAGUUACCCGCAAUGCUUCAACAACUAGUUAUUUGGGAUUGUCCAGUGUUAGAAUGCAUAGCCCAAGAUUUCCAUGAAACUCUUGAUCUCAAAAGUAUAAAAAUUUUUUGUGCUGAAAAUAUUAAAUUAUUACCAAGAGGAUUGGACAUAUCCUCCCUUCGAGAAUUAAAGGUGGUUUAUUGUUCGGAUGACAUAUCCUUUCAGGAAGAGGGUUUUCCUACCAACCUCACAUCACUUGAAAUCUCAAACGCACCUAGAAUUUACACAUCACUUGUUGAAUGGGGAUUUAACAGACUCACAUUUCUUCAAGAACUCAAAAUCAGCGGUGAAGGAUGCUCAAAUGUGGUGUCGUUUCCAGAAGAAAGAAUAGGAAGGAUGCUGCCUCCUUCUCUCACCUAUAUCAGCAUUCAUAAAUUUGAAAAUUUGGAAUACAUGUGCUCCAAGGGCUUUCAACAUCUGACUUCUCUUCAAAAAUUGUUCAUUGUCAAUUGUUCUAAGCUCACAUCUCUUCCAGAAAAAGAUAUGCUUCUCUCGCUAGAGUGGCUAUAUAUUUCCAAUUGCCCGUUGCUAGAAGAAGGGUGCAGUAGGGGUAAAGGACGAGAGUGGUCCAAGAUUGCCCACAUACCUUUUGUUCAAAUUGAGGCGGAUCUUGACAAAAGGAUUGGAGUGGAAAAAGCUUCAACAGUGAUGUUAUCAAAUGUUUAUGAUAUGGAGUGA